GUGACGUCAUCUCGGUGCGCGGCGCCGGAAGCGCGAUGGCGGCGGCGAGGCGCGAUGGGCCCGGGCCGGCGGCGGCGGCCAAGGCGGGCACGGCGGCCCGCGGGCCCGGCCGAAAGCGGCGGUGGAGGCCCGUCCUGCUGCGCAGCGUUGUCGGUAGCGUCCAGGAGGGACGAGGAUUUGCAUUUCGGAGGAAACAAAAGGUUGAACGACAGUACAGGAAGUUACUGAAAAAGAGAAGACAGGUGCAUUCACAACAGCAUGAUCAGUUUACAGAUACCUAUCCAGAGCACUUGAAACACCUUUACCUUGCAGAGGAAGAAAAGCUUAAGAGGCGACGCAGGACUCCAGAUGAUUCGGUGUCAUCAGAAGAAAAGCUUAAUAAAGCAGCACAGUCAGUUGGGACUCAAGAGAAGUUUAAAAAUAAAACAUCCAAUCAGAAGGCAAAAGAAGAGUAUGAGAAAAUAAAGGCUGAGCAUGCCAGAAAGAAAGAGGCAUUCUGCAGAAGUGCUUGCCUGUGUGAUCAGCAUGGCGCUGCAUUUCAAAGAAUGAACUUUAUGAGAACAAAUUAUCCAAAUGAACUGAAGCAGUCCUUCAGUCUGAUUUGUGAUGUCUUGCAUAUUUUGGUAGGACUUGAUAUAAGUGAAGUAAGCUGGUCAUUUGGCUUGUGGAUGUUUGCCCAAAUUAUUGUGUAAAAUUACAGCACUGGAGAAGGGUGUGUGAGAUGUUGGGUAAAAUCUGAAUGUAACAUUGUGGUGAUUAUCUGUAUUGUGUUAAUAGUCCAUUCAUAUAUAGUUAAUGCUCCAUUAGUAGUUUGGUUGCAUGUGUGCUUCAUGGAAGGUUUUACAGAUAAAAAUUUGAUUAAAGUUUGUGGUUUCAUUCCAUAUCUCUUAAAAGUAAAAACAGAGUCUGUGUUGCUUUAAAGGGAACAGGUCACUAGUAGUUUGGUCUGGAUUAAUUUCCCCUAGAUAAAGCUGUCCUAGUAUCACAAACCUGCCCAAUGCAUGGUCCAGAUACAUCCUAUAUCCUAUCAGCCUGUCCUGUGCAGAGGUGUCCAGUAUCCUAGCACAUCUGGAUUGGCAAGAUAUUGGCAUGGGAGCUGCAUCACCUUUUUAUUUUGUGCACUCAAGAGGAGAAAGUGAGGAAUUUUUUGCCAGUUUGUCAUUUAAGGAGAGUAGUCAAGGAGCACAUUUCACAGAAAGGAAGUAGUAUACGUUGCAGCAGCAAGCUUUAUUGUAGGAUGUUCUGCUGAAGAAAGCUUGGUUCUUCUCUUGAAGCUUUAGGCUGUAUAAUUUGUUCUGAUGGCAGUAUGUGCUGAAAGAACAUCCUGAUUCAGCUUUAGAGAAAUGAUAUUUCUAUUGGCAGUACAUUACCUAAUUGCCAGUACCUGUACAAAAAUGAACUUAAAAAUAGCUUCACAGUCACAGAGGGUUUGUAAUUGUUUCAUAAUCUCACAUAUUUAUUUA